AUGGACCGCAGAGCAGCCCUGGAGGCCAAACGCGCCAAACUGGAGGAGCUGCGACGGAAGCGGCUGGCGCGAGAGGCCCACAUAGCGGACACAUCGAAGCCGGGGCCUCAGAGAAUAUCCAGCACGGAGCAAGACGAACACAACAACAAGGAGAACGAGCCAGUCCAACGUGCCCCAAAGCCCGUUCUGUCGGAGCCGGCCCGCACAGACGCUUCAAACGACUUCGUCCCUGCGCAGAGCCACGUCGACCCGCCCGUCCUGCUGGAGAAAUCCACAUCCACGGACGACGAACAGGAUCGCAGACAGCUGGAACAAGAGAUACGCCAAAAGCUCGAACGGGAGAUCCGCGAGCAGCUGCAGCGCGAGUUCGAGCUCAAACUGCAGGCCCAGGCCUACAAGCCAGACCUGACGCCGCUCCUGGGGUCUCCGAUCCCGCCCCAGAACGAAAACAGGAACAGUGUCUACGCGGCUGCCAAAGAAGAGCCCGGCGUGAGCAGCGCGUUUGUGACGGCGCAAAAACUGCUCUUCAGCGACGCCGUUGCGUCGAUGGCCGUCUCGUCGGUCGACUGGUCGCCCCACUACCCGGAGCUCGUCGCUGCCGCGUACAGCGGCACACACAGACCGUGUUGUAUCGUCGUCUGGAACACUCGCACCCUCGCACCCGAAUUCAGUCUCCAGACCUACACAGACGUCGCCGUCGUGAAGUUUGUCAAGUCGCGCUCGAACCAGCUGCUCGCCGGCGGCGUCGACGGCAGACUGUACCUGUACGAGUUCGACUCGUCCACCAAGUAUCCGGUUGCCUCGACGGCCAGCUCCGGCAAGUAUCCCGUGGUGGCCAUUUUAGAGACCUCGAACUCGGUGGUGGGCGUUUCGUCCGACGGCGCGGUUUCUGUUCACUCCAAGAACCUCAUGACGGCCAUCUCGCGCUCCCGGCUUGCGCUCGGCGAGAAAUUCCACAUCACGGCGUGCUCCAUCAAACAGAACCACCUGCUGCUGGGUCUUUCCACGGGCAGGGUGUACCGGGUCGAGCUCGGGUCGCUGGACGACCCGGCCGCACUGCAGCUGCUGUCUGCGACCGCGUGCCCGCUGCCGGUGGUGUGCAUUGACCACGACGCGCAAACGGCUGUCUCGUGCGCCCUGGACUACAAAGUGAAGGUGUUGGAGAACGGCGAGCUCCACACGAUCCACACCUCGAACCUCGUCGCCGACGUGAGCCUGGGCCGCGAGCCGCAGACGUUUGUCACCGUGGGGCCCGACGGGGCCGUCGAGUUCUGGAAUCUGGCCGCAAACAGACACGCGAGUCUCGGGUCCAUGAACCUGGGGGUGCCGCUCAACAGGGUCGAGUGGAGCCCCGACGGGCGUGCUGUCGCGUGCGGAGCGGCCGACGGCCGCGUCUACCUCGAAAUACUGUAG